AUGUUCGACGCACAAGCUGUUGCUUUCCUGAAUUACAAGUCUGACGUCCAUGACUUUCGUGUCAUGCUCAGUAGUGAUGCAGUUGCACGUAUGCCUCGAUAUAUCUUCCACUCGUUUUUCCCGAGCCUACUAAGUCGCUACCAAAACGAAUACAACGUUUACCAGCUGAAUGAUGCUCGGCGAAACGACGAAUUCGAUUUCUACUUGGACGUAAACGAUGAGAUACGGUUUCUUUCGGACCUUGACGCAUUAGAUGUUGCCCCAAUGUUUGACCCAAAGGAGAACAUAUCCCUGCUUCAGAUCCAAAUCCUAGAUCCCAAUCCUGACAGAGUGGAGUGGAUUCUAGGAAGGAUGAUCUUGAUAGAUACGUGCAUAACGUUCGACUUCGAGAAAAACGAAAUGUAUUUCGCUCAAGCUCGACCAAACGACGAUGAUGACGACGACGACAGUGACGAUGACGAAGGCAAUGAGUUUCGAGUGAAAAAUAAACGUCGCUACAGCCCACGACGUCGUAAAGCCAAUAACGUUGGCCACAGGGAUGGACGAUAA